UUCCUCCCCCACCAUCCCACCAAACUUGAUGCGUCCAGCUCAUCUCAUGGAUGGAUCCUUCCUCCUUCCAUUCUUAAGAGCUUCCACUACGUAAGGAAAUGUAUUGCACGCACCUGCCAGACAGAAAAGCUCCUGCAAAUGGCACACCAUCUUUGUAGAGAAGGUGUCAGAGACACCUGUCGAUUGAGGUGACCCCUCGAUCGGGUCCCUGGAAUUCAAUACCGGACCUUGUCUUGUCUUUCACCCCAUACAAUACAACCUAACCAUGGAUACAAUUGCAUAUCAUCAAACCCACCGUCACAGCAACGUCUGGUAAUCGUUUUGACAACGCAUCACUACAUUACAUUACCUUACCUUACCUCCUGUGCUCUGCUGUAAAGGUACAGACAGUUACAGGACAGAGUAAUGCCAGAAAUUGCCCGACUUGAUGCACCUCUACCCGACCCGCCGCCUUGCGUUCGCUUCUCAAUUCACACCCUGUCAACCGGCGUUGAGAGCCAAUCCUCGCUCAGACCAUUGCAAGGACUAUCUUGAUUAUUACCUCUUCCUUCUGCCUCGACAGACAUGUCUGGACUUUUUGGUUAAAACGCCGCCAGCGAACAAGAUGCAAUUGGAGGGGGGUGUGGGCGAGAUUGUGUUUGGUGCUUUAGAGGGAAAAUGAAAAUCCAAGGCUGCUUUUCCAUCAACUUCGUCUUUUGGCUUUGCUUAGCGUCAGCGCGCUUGUUUGCGACUCUCUCCGCCUCCGUCUCCAUUCUCCAUGCUCCUGCCUACUCCCCUGCAGCAAGGAACAAGAUGCAGUCCUAAUGCAUCCCAAAAUUACACUGCGGAUACAUUCAGCAGCCUGCAUUCUCCAGUAUCCGCUCCUCCGCGCAGAUGACUUGCUAUUUCCUUGCCCAGAGCGCUUGUACUGGACCUGAAGAUGGAAUGCCAAGGUUCUAACAGGCGUUGGUGAUCUCUCACGAAUAUCCAUUACACGGUGAGGCAACCAAUGUCUUUUUUCUUCAGACACCCACCACCAAUGUUACCCGCUACUCCAAACGGUACCGGAACCCGGCCGAUUGAGAUGUACUCUGUAUGGUACAGAUAUGCCUUUGUGAGGGUGUGGGCAUUGGUGUCUACUUUACUUACCUAGGUCCAUCUAGUCAGCUCUCCGACCAGUCAGCGUUGAUUAGGUCGUUCGUUGCGCUGUCCGUUUGGUCCUUUCUUACCUGCGAUCCAUUUACCUGCUUUCAAUCCAUAACUAGCUAUCACCAAAAAGCAGCAUGCCAGCCUAGUUUACAUCGGAUAUGUCCCUCACGUCACUGGACCAAGAGCCCAAUCCAAGCCCGGCCUCGACUUGCCUCCUCCGCUUCUCAACGACCAAGCCCGUGACGCUCAGACGACUAACACUGUCGGUCUCUAGUUAAUCGCUCCAGACAAGCAAAUAUCGGUGGGAAAGCUUUUGCCCCCAAGACAAAUUCUACACAUGGUCCUUAUCCUUUCUCAACGUUUGGACCCAAGGGCUAGUGCAGCCACUUGUGUCUGUUGAUGGACCCGGAUAUGCAUGGCAUCUUACCAGCAUCUUACUUUCUCUUGCACUUCUCCUGCUGUACCAUACGGUCUGGGUCGGUCCCUUCCAAGUCGGGUCUUCUCUCGGUCUCCGCUCUGGCACACAGACGCAUUUUUUUCUCUUUUUAUUAAUUGCCCGCUAGCACAUGGUAUCGUCAUGUUCUGCCCGGCGCCAUAUUUGACACAUAUCCAUUGCCCUAUCAAGUACAUCUCCCCAGUCUCUCCCCUAAACUUGCCCGGUAAAUAUCGUUUUGGGCCCAAGGUGGUCUCCAUUUUUUACCCUCUUAAUUGUUACAUCUGACAUCUGAGAUUGCAGUCUUUACUCUAGGCAUAUGCACAUGCCCAUGCUCAUCCUAGGCUGGUCUUGUUACACGCAGCCAACGGCGUAGCUCAGAGGCGUUUACAAUUUCAACGUCACUGCAUUUGUCAAAGCAUUGCCCUCGAAGUAUCUUAAAGCCACUCUUCCUUUAGGUUACGCCUUAUUCAAAGAUUGGUCUUUCUCUAUACUCACCCUCCCCCAAAAGCCCUAUCUUGAGCAUGCUCCGUUACUCUUCUCUUUCGUUGGCUCGGAUGUCAAACGGCAGUACAUCUCGGAUGGUUCUCUAACAUUUCAUUACCCUUCCAAGGCUCUUUGCCGCUUCUAGCCUCCCUAGUCACCCUCCUAGUAGUCCUAGUUUUGAAGUUUUGUUACCUGGUCAUAUUGUUGCCGUCCGUGAUGGCCCACACCUGUGCAUCUCGUCGUGAUCGUCUCGUCUAGCCUCUCAUUACCCUCAGGACCAUGCCAUCGUCCUGUCAUAUCCUAUGACACGCCCUCAUGGGCGGGGUUACUCGUCCUUCGUCGACGAAUGGUGUCAAGAUGAGUUAUCCUGAAGUUCUUCCGGUUUGGCCGAUCAAGGUUCCUGAAAAAAGUAUAAAAAGGCCAGAGUUGAUGCUGUUGAAGCUUUCUUCUUCUUCUUCCUUUCUCAUCACUCUUCAACCAGCUCCUGACUUGAAGUCCCAACUUGCCCAGCACUUAUACACAGUCUCCUUGACUUGUUGUCUUGAUACACGACUCUCAUACCUCAACUGAGCUUCACUUGUCCUCAGCCUACUCAACCUUGAACAAUCACUCGGGUCACUUGUCAAAAUAUUCAAUUGGCAUAAACACAUCUUCUUCUCUGUCAAAUAAUCAUCAUGUCUUCUCACUACACUCCUGCGGGCUACUCCAUGCCUCUUCCCGUUCCCUCCAAGGGCUCCCAAUACCCCACCUACAGCCAGUAUUCCGUCUCGCCUCCGGAAUGUGAUGACUCGGUUAGCUCCGCCUCGGGCAUCCCCUCCUACAGCAAUGGUGGAUACUCGGCUACCUCAUCCGGGUACCAAUAUUCUGGCGGGUACGGCGAAUAUGAAAGCACUCGCUCUGCUAGCGGUGUUGACUUCCAGGAGUACAUGCAAGACCGCUUUGCCAACUCUUUUGACCCAAUCCCCCUUGACCGCAGUAUGGCUGUGCAAGCUCAGACAUCUGGUAAAAUGAAUGCCAAACACCGCGAGCUUAUGGAGCUUCAGAAGAAGGCUCAGGCUCGUCUUGCGAAGACUCGUGAGCGCUUCCAGGAGGGUAUGCGAGACGCCCAUGAGGUGCGCAGCGAUCUUGAAUGGACACAAAAGAAAGUUGGCUCGCUGAAGACCAAAGCUUCUCGCAAGCAUGGCAAAGAGUACAGCAAGGCCCGCGCACGAUUUCCAUCCCCUGAGAACUAGAUGAUUCUUUGGGUUUUUCGUUGGAGCGGCAUCUUGAACUUUUUCGACCAAAAAUUUACUUAGCGAGCAACUUUCGGCCACAUGCGAUUCACCAAAAUUUCCUACUUGCGCAAAUAGUUUCACUGCAAAAUGCAGGAACACACGAUAUCAGAUUCCCGGAUUUCCAGAUUAAUUGUUUUUUGUAUUUAGCGAGUAUCAUACGCUUGUCAUGCCACCCUCACCACGACCUGCAUGAACGAGUAGUUCAUGCAAGGGGAGCGUGAGGUGACGUUGAAAUCAGGGGCAUUAAGCGCGGCAAUUGAGCCGCCUGGCGCGCAGUGUCUUGCUGCUUUUACGCAGAACGACAGGGCAGGUGUGCGGGCACUUCCUAGCCAGGAACACCAGCCUCGUGGCUUCUGGGGCAGGUGUGGGGGAAAACACGCGAAGAGGGCGAAGAUGGGCGGCUUUUUCACGACUUAUGGCUUAUGAUUGGAUGAACUGAACGAUCUAGGGGUGUUUGUUAAAAGUACACCUCCUCCCCAGCUUCUGUGGGGUGCCAGGGAUAGCGUCAGCGGGUUUGCAGCAAGACAUGAUGUGUCGGAACCGAUUACUGCAUGGAAGACGUGCUUGGAAACCUCUCAGGGUAUGGGUGACGCGGGAGCAGCCGAGGGCUGCAAGGACGUUCUGCUCGUGGCAUUUGCCGAGGGGGGUGUACUGAGUGAGAAACCUUGGAAAGCAUUGGAGCGAGAAGAUGACAGGAUGGAGAAAAGUAGCAGACUCGCAAAGCAGUGUAUUUAAGACGCUUGCCCCAAUCAGGGGUGGCAGCGACGUUGAGAUCGCUCCAUUGGGUAACGCGGCGAGCCUGGAGAACUGACGAGACCAUCUUGGGAGGAGCCAGGACCUGUAAGACGGUUUUCUUUGUGGAUAUCUCGACUGGAGUAUGGAGUCUCAUAGCAAGCAAUAUCUCGUUUCCCCUCUUUCACUGAAGGCAUAGUCCUGGGACUAAUUGAUGUGAUAACCCCCC